GCAUCCCUCCGCCUUCGCCUCCCAAUCUGAGCGCAGAGAAGUCAAAAGGGAGAGGCAAUCUCGAUGUGGCGAGAGAGAGAAGCGCAUCAGUCGGCUCCCUAAAACUCAGCCCUGCCCAGCAGAGGCAGGACAGCGAAGGCAAGAGGCGAAGGCAGCAAAGCAGCCUUGAGUAGAUCGAGGAUCCCGCGGAAGGGACCAACAGUUGCAGACCGACCUCUCCGAGCUCGGGCGCAGCGCCGAGAAUCCGGGCGGAGAGGGGCCAUCCGGAGGAUCAAGAGGACUAGCAGCACACGCUGUGUUUUGUUUUGUUUUUUUGUUUUUUGCCGGGAGAGGUUCUGUUUUUGUUGGGAGAGGGCGUACUGUGAAGCAGGCGGGGGACCCGGACCCAGACACCGGUUCUUGCUCAAGGCAGAGCGGUCGGGCGAGCGGGGGAGCCAUGGAUCAGGACCAGACGAGGAUGGCGAGGGGGCCGAAGUUGACGCGGAAGGAAUGGGUGCGUUGACCAAAAGCGGAGCGAGGGGGAUGGCUUUGCGUCGGCGAGGGCUCUCCAGAAUGGGAUUUCUCGCGUUUCGAGAGCAUCUCCUCUUACUGCUCUGCGCAAACUUCUUCCCUGCAUUCAGCCACAUCGAAACUCGAGCCCACGCAGAGGAGCGCCUCCUGAAGAAACUCUUCUCUGGGUACAACAAGUGGUCCCGGCCGGUGGCCAAUAUUUCAGACGUAGUUAUUGUGCGCUUUGGGUUGUCCAUCGCACAGCUUAUAGAUGUUGAUGAAAAAAACCAAAUGAUGACCACGAACGUGUGGGUGAAACAAGAGUGGCACGAUUAUAAGCUACGCUGGGAUCCCGAGGACUACGAAAACGUCACAUCUAUACGAAUUCCCUCUGAGCUCAUUUGGAGGCCGGACAUUGUUCUCUACAACAAUGCAGAUGGGGAUUUCGCAGUCACCCACCUCACCAAAGCCCACCUGUUCUACGACGGGCGGAUCAAAUGGAUGCCUCCAGCAAUCUACAAAAGCUCCUGCAGCAUCGACGUCACCUUCUUUCCCUUCGACCAGCAAAACUGCACCAUGAAGUUUGGCUCGUGGACUUACGACAAGGCCAAGAUAGACCUGGAGAGCAUGCACCGCCAUGUAGACCAGUUGGACUACUGGGAAAGUGGAGAAUGGGUGAUCAUCAAUGCUGUGGGCAACUACAACAUCAAGAAGUACGAGUGCUGCUCAGAGAUCUACCCCGACAUCACCUAUUCCUUCAUCAUCAGACGCCUUCCUCUCUUCUACACCAUCAACUUGAUCAUCCCCUGCCUUCUGAUCUCUUGCUUGACUGUCUUAGUCUUCUAUUUGCCUUCAGAAUGUGGGGAGAAGAUCACUCUUUGCAUCUCAGUCCUCCUGUCUUUAACUGUCUUUCUCCUCCUUAUCACCGAGAUCAUCCCCUCCACCUCAUUGGUCAUCCCCUUGAUCGGAGAGUACUUGCUCUUCACGAUGAUCUUUGUCACCUUGUCCAUCAUCAUCACUGUCUUUGUGCUCAAUGUCCACCACCGCUCCCCUCGCACUCACACCAUGCCGGACUGGGUGAGGAAGGUUUUCCUUGACGUCGUCCCACGCCUUCUCUUCAUGAAGCGUCCUUCAACAGUGAAGGACAACUGCAAGAAGCUCAUCGAGUCCAUGCACAAGAUAGCCAACUCUCAACGCUUUUGGUCCGAGACAGAAGUAGAACCCAACUUCACUACCUCCUCAUCCAACAGUCCUCAGAGCAACGAGCAAUCUCCCACGUCCUCUUUUUGUGCCCAUCUUGAUGACCAAGCAAAACCACCUCCGGUGUGCAAGUCACCAUCUGGCCAGUAUUCCAUGUUGCACCCGGAGCCGAUUCGGGCCAGUUGUACAUCCCUCCAACCUCCCUGUCACCCUCUGGGAGAAUCUCAGUCCAGCUCAAUCUCCAAAUGCAGGUCACUCAGUGUCCAGCAGAUGUACAGCAGCCCAGUGAAAGCAGAAGAAGGGACCAUACGUUGCCGGUCGAGGAGCAUCCAAUAUUGCUACUUGCAAGAGGAGUCGUCCCAGACCAAUGGGCAAUCCAGCGGGUCGCCAGCCUCCCAGCGCUGCCAUCUCAACGAGGAGCAGCCCAAAGCCAAAGCCACUCACUGUAAAUGCAAAUGUAAAAAACCCGAGUCAGCCAGCACCUCGGGGCAAGGGAGCAAGACUCUGGGCACGAAAGACCAGCAGCUUUUGCUGAUGUCGCCGGCCUUGAAGUUGGCUGUGGAGGGGGUCCAUUAUAUUGCAGACCACUUGAGAGCAGAAGAUGCAGAUUUUUCAGUGAAGGAGGACUGGAAGUACGUGGCAAUGGUCAUUGACAGAAUUUUCCUCUGGAUGUUCAUCAUUGUUUGCUUGCUGGGGACUGUGGGCCUUUUCCUACCUCCUUGGCUGGCAGGAAUGAUCUAGGAUCCAAACAACUCUGGAAAGGAAUCCGUCGCAUCCCAUUCAACCGAUUCCAAUCCACCUGGAAGGGGCAAAGCUGAACGCUGGAGAAGGCGGCUACGAACGAUUUGCUGUAAUGUCUGCGCAUGAACCAUUCCCGGGGAGUUCCAAGGAUGCCUUCCAAGGCUGCAUCACUUGCCUAAGCCAUCUUCAUCUUCUAUAUCUCU